GUUUCAGGCAGCAGAUUCUUGCAUGUAAAAGAAGGCAUGUGUGGUUGAGAGGCAAAGAGGACAUAGCUAGUCUUGAUGAAUUUUUGAGAGUUCAUUUGGUUCUUCAGAUUCUUCUCGAAAAGGAGAAUAUGUUUUGGAAGCAGCGGGCCAAGGAAUUUUGGCUCAAAGAAGGGGAUAUUAAUUCCCGGUUUUUUCAUAACGCGAUCAAGCAGAGGAGGAGGAGAAACACUAUGGCAGGAUUGCGACAGAAUGAUGGUGUCUGGAUAACAGAUCGAGGGGACAUGAGCACGAUUGUGCAUAACUACUUCGACGAGCUAUUCAAGAACGAUGAUCAUGGCCAGCCGAAACAUAUUAGGGGGGAGUUUUGUCAGGUCACGGCCGAGCAAAACUUAGCUCUUUUGAAGCCCAUCUGUCCAGAAGAGGUAAAGGCGGUUAUUUUUUAUAUGCAUCCGAACAAAGCGCCGGGUUUUGACGGGAUGAAUCCAGCCUUCUUUCAGGCCUAUUGGGAUGUUAUUGGUCCGGAUAUCUCGGCCCUGUGUAGAACGAUGUUCGAGUCAGGUUGAAGCUAGAGCUUACUUCCUGCACCCGUUGCUCGGGAGAUCAAUGGGGAGAAGACGUGGUUCGUGCUUCCUCUCGUUCUAUUUUUAAAUAAUUAAAUAAUGCUCAUGGAACUAUUUUCACUUAUAAAUUAAUGGAGCCUGUGAGCUCUUGUUUUACCCUUGUGUGGGUUCUUACUAAACACUUAUAUUCCGCUAUGUGUUUGAUUGUAUGUUGAUGUUGUUAUGUAUGUUUACUAAUCGGUUUUGGCAUAUGUAUCUUUCGG